UUGUUUACUCCUCGACUGUACACGGGCCGAGUGUUUUUGUUAUUGUCGUGAUAAAAAUAUUUCCAAUUUAAGUGAAUCUGAAUUCUAGUUGAAAAUAUCUUGUUUCGUCAUUAAUUUCGUCCCGAAUGUGAUGACUUGAAGUGCGAAUAAAGUUGCAAGUGAUUGUGAAACUAUUUUUUGCCGUACUGACAAAUUCGAUAUCAAAAGUCAUUGUGAAUAAUCGCGUCUAUGGAAUAACCAAGUCCUUACGAAUUAAUAUGCUCUGAUAUAGUUAUGUAACUGAUAUAGUUAUGUUCAGUUCUGUUAACUAUGGUAAAACAGUGGUCAGUGUAAAUAUAGUGUCUGUAUAAACAAUCUGAUGGAAUAAAUAAACACAAACAGGGACACGUGGGUCUCGCAGCGAAUCGAUCGAUAAAGACGGAAGCGCGCGCCAGUCUCUAUCAACGAGACGAUUUUAAGUCAAGGUCGCGCUACGCAAACACGUGCAAUGUCUGAUUCUAUUUACACACAUGACUUUCUAUUAGAUGGGGGGGUGGAGAUCAAACAGGAGUCCCCUUUCGAGCUCGGGUCGUCGGUGUCGGCCUCCGUGCCGAUCCCGCAGCGGCGCACGGACCUCGGCGACUUCGGCACAGACCUGGACCUGUGUCUGCAGGACAGCCUCUCAGGCUCCUAUGCCCCCACAAUGACGUACAGCAAAAUGGCGUUCGACACAGACAAUUCUACCAAAACUGAAAACUUUAAAAUGGAUGAUGAUGAUAUAUUUCAAGUAGACAAAGCCGAUUUAAUACUAGGGCCGACUCUAGCCGAAUUAAACGCUAACCCAGAUACAUUGCUAGAUGACCUAAAUUUUGACGAUUUACUUCUGCCUGAGGAGAGUGGCUAUUGUAUUCAAAUAGGUGGAGCCAUGAGUGGGUCGCGACGCGCUCCUCACUCUAUUCAAGUGCCUAAUGUGCCUGCUUCAGAGAGUCCCUGUAGUCCGUACAGUCGAGCACAGCUGGCAUUUUCUCCAUCUAGUCAACACAGUUCGGCAUCAUCCAGUUUUGCUCAGCCUAUGAACCAGUUGCCAGAGCUGCUGUUACGGCUGGAUGGCUACAGUGGGGAGAUAGCCCUGGGCCAGUCCGUGCCCGCCUCCACAGUGUUGCCACCGUUCACAUCCAGCAUUCAGCCACAGCACACACAACUGUCAUCAUCAGCACCUACUCACCUCACUAUGGAACAGAUAUGGCAAAGGCGCGAACCCCGCAAGCAUCUACUGUCAACCAGUUCCUUGGCUGAAGCUGGCUCAGUGUCCUCGCUAUCUGGAGGACUCCUGAGCCCCAGCACGGCUGACUUCUCACAGGACGAGGAUGACAGGGAUGAGACGGAUGAAGAUAGUGAUAGAUAUGAGGAUUUAUCAUCAGAUGAAUCGAAUGACGAGUCCGAGAGUAAACAAUCACGACUGAAUUCAAAAAAGGAGAGAUAUUUCUGGCAGUACAAUGUUCAAGCGAAGGGUCCUAAAGGACAACGGCUGGUCCUGAAAAAGAAGUCUGAGGAUCCUCAUGUGUUGAACAGUGUCACGGACCCUGUGUUUAGUCCGCAGUGCAGCGUAAGAGGAAUCAAACAUAGUGGCAAAGCCAGAAAAGGCGAUGGAAACGAUUUGACCCCGAAUCCUAGAAAAUUAUACUUAAUUGGAAAAGAGCUGGAUAAUUUGGGGAAAGUAAUCAACGAUAUGAUACCCGUGAGCGAGCUACCGUUCAACGUCAGGCCCAAGACGAGGAAAGAGAAGAAUAAGCUCGCUUCUCGCGCCUGUCGGCUAAAGAAGAAGGCGCAACAUGAGGCCAAUAAACUCAAGUUGUAUGGGUUACAACAAGAACACAGACGGCUGCUGAACGGCAUAAGUCAGAUAAAGCAAGUGCUGGCGAACAGGGCCACAGGAACUGCCCAGACCAAUGUCGACUGGAAUGCUCAUAUUAAGAAUGUAGUCAACACAGCAACAGAAAUAAAAAUUGCUGGUAAAACAUCAGAGUAUGUAAACAAAAUUCUGGACAACGUCAAAAGUGGGCAGGCAAAUGGUGGGCUCAAAGACAUAUAAGGUAAAAUCUGUGUGAACUGCAAAACGAAAGGCUGUUUAUCGUACCUCCAAAGUUAAUUUAGCACUGAAAAAUUAUGUAUAUCAUUAUCAUAUAAAGGCUUAAUUGUCAAAGACAAUUUUAUUUUUGUAUGGUAACAGAGUUAUAGAAAUAGUCAUUAGAAGCUUCUAAAGGCAACUAAGAGGUAGAAU